UAAUCUUUUCUGCGUCCGGUCUCUUCGACUCUACAAUCGCCCAUCUUAUCCCCAGAAUGAAGAUCGUUCUGUGCUCCCUGUUCCUCGCAGCUCUGUCCUACCGGGUCGAUGCUAAACUCCACAACUCUGCGGUCUGCGUGACUGGCAGAACCGAAGCGCCCAUUGGAGGUACUGGCUGGAGUGUCAGCUAUAACUGGCAAAAGAACUACGAGAUCGAUCUCAAAGCCACAGAGUGCGCUUGUGGCUACUACAAGCAACGCAACACUGGCGACAACCAGUGGGACAAGUGCGAAGACUGUACUUACGACGGACUCCAGUGCAACUCAGCUGGCUGGCACAUUGGUGGUGACGAGAUGAACUACUACUGCACCAAGAAGUGCAGUGCGCAAGGCUCAGAGGCCAACUAAACAGGCGAGAUCCGGC